AGGCUGAACAGGGCCAGGAGAGCAACCUGCAAGCAUGGCUCAAAACAGAACAUCGCCUAUGGAAAUCUCCUGGGAAAUCCUCAAGCAGUACCACAUAGAUGAAGAUGUAGGCUUCGCUCUGCCAAAUCCACUGGAGGAGUUGCCUGAGAAAUAUAAUGCUUGGAUUUUGAUUGCUAAAAAUCUGCCAGAACUGAUUAAGACUGGGCAACUUCGUGAAGAAGUUGAGAAGCUCCCGAUGCUCAGCAUUGAUGAUCUCAAGGAAUAUGAGCAACAGUGCCUUGGACACUUAGCUCUGGGCUGCAUUACCAUGGCCUACGUGUGGAACCGGGCAGACGAUGAUGUCCGGAAGGUCUUGCCGAGCAAUAUUGCUGUGCCUUACUGUGAACUCUCAGAGAAGCUGGGCCUGCCUCCCAUUCUGGUUUAUGCAGACUGCGUGCUGGCAAACUGGAAGAAAAAGGACCCCCGUGGACCAAUGACCUAUGAGAACAUGGACAUUCUGUUUUCAUUUCCUGGUGGAGACUGCAGCAAAGGUUUUUUCCUGGUUUCUCUGCUGGUGGAGACAGCAGCUUUUUCUGCAGUUAAAGUAAUUCCCACUGUACUACAAGCCGUGCAACGUCAGGACAAGGAAACCCUGCAAAACACACUGCUGGACAUGGCUAAUUGCCUAAGAAACGCCCGGAAAGUGUUCGAGGAGAUCCAUGGAUAUGUGGACCCAGAUCUAUUUUACAAUGUUCUCCGCAAAUAUUUGUCUGGCUGGAAAGGCAACCCCAAGCUGCCCAACGGCCUGCUGUACGAGGGGGUCUGGGAUGACCCCAAGCAGUUUGCAGGAGGCAGUGCAGGGCAAAGCAGCAUCUUUCAGUGCCUUGACGCUCUUCUGGGCAUAGAGCAGACCACAGGAGGAGGACCUGCAGCUGAGUUCAUCAAGGAGAUGAGAACAUACAUGCCACCUGCACACAAGGACUUUCUCUAUUUCUUGGAGUCCUGCCCAUCAGUCCGUGAGUUUGUUCGUUCCAGAGAUGAUGCUGACUUGAAAGAAGCUUAUGAUAAGUGUGUGCAAGCGCUGGUCUCCCUGCGGAGCUACCAUUUGGGAGUAGUGAAGACCUACGUUCUGGAUCCUGCAAAGAAGCAGUCUAGGGAAGAGGAAACUGGCAGUGAGCAAUUGGAACAGGAACACAGAGGAACAGGAGGAACUGACUUCAUGAAUGUCCUAAAGGCUGUGAGAACGAAAACCACGCAAUCGCUUUUGAAGGACCGUUAACCUUGCCCUAGCAAGGGCGUCAGCAGCUCACAGAAAUCUGCAUCUAUUCCUGUAACUGAUCACUGUGUCAGACUCACAAAUUAUUAGCAUGCAAAAAUUUACCAGUGAUCCCCUGUAAAAGAUUUUAAAAUAUAUUUUUCUGCAUUCUGUGCCUUCUUGGUAGGAAAUUACCAAAAGAUAAUUAUGUAAGAAUAUAAAAGAUAAUAUUAGAAAAUUUGUGCCCUGCAUUUAUUAUUAAAAUACCAUCAUGAAAUUACACAAACAGAAAUCAUAUAGGAUGUAAUAAAACUUGCUUGAUUUUAAAUUUUAA